UAUUUGGUUCAAGUCUUUGGUUCAAAGUAUCGGUUAUUUCGGAAGUUACAGAAGAAGUUAUUGAAUCAGUUUUAUGUCGUUUUUUAGUGGUUUAGUAACCAUUAAUUUGUGUAUAAAAGGAAGAGUAGAAGACUGUAUAUGGUAUUGCAGAUUUCUUUGUCUGUAAUCCUAUUCGGUUUCAUUACCGAAUAGAUGUGUGUACGUAAAGUGUAUAUGUAUUGUUUUUUUUUAAUCAGAUAAUAAAACAGUUGUUGCAGAUAUGUUUUAUUGCAGAUUUAUGAGAAAAUAACAGUGGUAUCAGAGCAAAAAUGAUCUUACGGGAUCUGUGGUGUUUCGUUUGGACGCCGUGGUGGAGAUGGAGGAUUCCGGCCAGUGGUUACAGUGACGAACAGAAGAAGAAGAUGAAGAUAUGGGUGUUGUCGGAUCUGUCGGCAUCAGAAAACGAAAUGGCGGAGAUAAGUUCGGGGCUCAAGGCUCGAGCCAGAUUCGGGUCUGGAUCCGAUCAUUGACGCGGUGAUUUGGGCGAGCAUGGGUUUCGCGUAACCAAGAUUAAUUUGGAUUCAGAUUAUGAAGACAAAUAUCAAAACUGGGAAGGAGUUUGGUUGGUGUGUCAAACGCUGCGGAGCCAUGCGGCGGAGAUGGCGGUUUCAAGGGAAACAAUUAUCGAAGGGAUUUUGAAAGAUACAUGCAAUGGUCAAAGUGAUAUUGAAAGACCAUGUGUAUUGUGUCGAAAACCUGUAGUUACAAAUACUACAGACUGAUUUACUGAGUUUACUCAGUGUAUGGUAAAUUUUUCAGGAAGUCUCACGUACUAGUGAUGGUGCCCAUGAGAAAGGGAACCGAGAUUACAGAUCGAGCGAGACUUUGAUUGAGGAGGAGUGUGUCGUGCUCCGACCAUGAAGACAGCGUUGAAACUUCAAGAAAGGAAGCGAAAAAGAUUGAUGUAAGGUUGAUAUGGGUUUAUGCCUCAAUUAGGUAAACCCGAAAGUUGCGUAUCCGAGAAGGGGCAAAUGUGCACUCGGAAAACGCAUUUGAGAUCUCGAGAUGGGGCAGUUCUGCACUCGGGAGAAAAAGGCCAUUGCUACGAAGGAAGGAAUAUGCAUCGAAGUCUAAUCUAGACGAAGGUUUAUGAUGUUUACAAGACAUUGAACCAAGGAGGAGUUUGUUGGUUAUUUGGUUCAAGUCUUUGGUUCAAAGUAUCGGUUAUUUCGGAAGUUACAGAAGAAGUUAUUGAAUCAGUUUUAUGUCGUUUUUUAGUGGUUUAGUAACCAUUAAUUUGUGUAUAAAAGGAAGAGUAGAAGACUGUAUAUGGUAUUGCAGAUUUCUUUGUCUGUAAUCCUAUUCGGUUUCAUUACCGAAUAGAUGUGUGUACGUAAAGUGUAUAUGUAUUGUUUUUUUUAAUCAGAUAAUAAAACAGUUGUUGCAGAUAUGUUUUAUUGCAGAUUUAUGAGAAAAUAACAGUAAGUUGCAUAUCUGAAGACACAAAACUGAGUUGGUUGAUGAGCAUGGGUUUCACAAAGGAAGAUGUUUCUACUGCCAUACACAGAUGCGGAGAAAAUGCUCAGAUUGACGUCUUGGCAGAUUUCAUCUUCGCUUUUCAGUUGGCAAGGCAAUCUGCCGAGUUUUUCGUAGAGCCUAAUGAAGAGAAGCCUAUAUCUUGCACAAAAAAAAGACGUGCAUCGGAAUAUGGAACUGCGAGGGGGAAAAAACAGAGGUGUGGUCUGCCAAACCCGAUGAUAGGAUUUGGGCUUCCUAAUGAGCCCGGGGGGUUGGUGUCACAGAGAACGCUUCCAGAGGCAGCUCGUGGUCCGCCUUAUUUCUACCUUGAGAGCAUUGCAUUUGCUCCAAAGGGUGUUUGGGAAACCAUGUCGAACAAUCUAUAUGAAGUGGAGCCGGAGUUUGUUGAUUCUAAGUAUUUCUGCGCUGCUGCAAGAAAGAGGGGUUAUAUCCACAAUCUCCCUAUAUGCAACAGGUUUCAGCUCCACCCUCCACCUAAACAUGCUAUCCUCGAGGCUUUCCCGUUGUACAAGAGAUGGUGGCCAGUCUGGGACACAAGGACCAAGUUUAACUGCUUGCGGACAAAUAUGGUCAGCGCACAACUCACGGAGAUGAUAUGUAAGUCACUCGAUAAUCACGAUGGAGAUCCACCUAUAGAUGUGCAGAAGUUUGUUAUUGACAAUUGUAGAAGGUGGAACCUCGUUUGGGUUGGGAGGAACAAAGUGGCCCCACUUGAGCCGGAUGAGAUGGAGACUCUUCUUGGUUUCCCAAAGAAUCAUACUCGAGGUGGUGGUAGUUGCGUGACAGGACGCAUCAAUUCUCUUGGCAAUGCAUUCCAGGUUGACACUGUGGCUUAUCAUCUCUCUGUGCUAAAGGAUUUGUACCCGGAUGGAAUCAAAGUCCUCUCGCUCUUCUCGGGCAUUGGUGGGGCAGAAGUGGUGCUUCAUCGCCUCCAAAUCCCAAUGAAGAUUGUUGUCUCGGUUGAGAAGUCAUCGAUGAAUCAGGGCAUCCUGAGAAGCUUCUGGGAGCAGACAAACCAGAAGGACACUCUAAUUCAGUUUGGAGAUGUGAAGGAUCUGACAAAGGACAAGAUAGAAGAGCUCAUGGAUCGCUUUGGUGGAUUUGACCUCAUCAUCGGUGGCAGCCCCGGCAACAACCUGUCUGGGCAUAACCGAAUAAGUCGGGAUGGAUUAGAGGGCGAAGAAUCAUCCUUGUUCUUCGAUUAUUGCAGGAUUCUAGACGUGGUUCGCCACAAAGCAAAGACGAUUCAAUUCUGAUGUGGUGUUUCCCUUGUCAAUGUUUUUGUUGGUGUGGCUAAUAUUUUUGCUUUAAAGGGUUAAGAUCAAUCUGUUCAUAUGGCAGAAAAGGGAACACUAUGCUUUUGGGACAAAACCAAAGGAUGGA